AUGGAUUUGUUUAGUAUAUCGACCAAGAUUUUACGAAGUACGGAUGUGCAUUAACUUCGAUUGCAGUAUUUUUUUAUGACAGCGAUGAUUUGUGUUCACGGGAUAUGAGUUUCACUGAUAAGGUGUAUGUGAUUUAACUGUUUAAACAUCAAACGAUGGAAAGUAUUGAAAAGGUAAAGUUAUCAUGGAAGAGUAAGUUUUCAAGUGAAAUACCUCCUGAGUUUGUUACACGAUUGGAAUGUGAUUUAGAUAGGUUGAAAAAUGAGCCUAAGGACACUAGUAUUAACUUGUUAACAUAUGCUAGAGAUGAGAGUAAAUCAAAAUUAAAGGAGUUAAACUCGGAAAUUAAAAAAGAAGAGUUCUUUCAUGAGGCAAUAUCACAUGUUUUAGGGGAAAUGUCAAAAAACAGAAAGGUUCAAGUUGAUGUUUCAUCAUUGUAUGCAAAAGUAAACAAACCAAAUCACGCUAAUCAUGUUGAAAAUGAAACCGCAACAGAGUCAUGUACACAUGAACAACCAACUGACAAGAGUGUUGAGGAAAUAGUGUGUCUAGAUGAUUGUGAUUAUGAAGAAAUAAAAGUCUCGCAAUCACCACAUGAUGAUGGAUCAUUAACAAAAUCGAGAUCAAGAAAGUUGCGUAGUUCAGUAAAGGACAAAAUAAGUAUGUUUGAAAGAAGAGAUUCUUCUUCUGGUGAAGAAGUUCAGAACAACUCGCCGCCUAUUGUGGAAGGAGGUGAAUAUGCCACACUUGUCGUUAAAUCUCCACCGCUUGUGUCACCCAAACCAUCUCCAGCAUCAAGAAGACGACCACAAGUAAAUGAAUAUGAAGAGAUUAGUCUCCCUUUUUUGUCAAAAAAUGAAAGUCAGCAAGCAUGCGCGUCUCAUAGUGACAAAGCUAUUCUACCAGAUUCCAACAGUGAUAAUAAAAGUUCAAGUGUAUCAACUAAUAAUGUUUCAAAACAAGAGAAAUCCUCUUUUCAGAAUGAUCAAUCUGUGCUAAGUGAAAGACAUUUAGAAAAGGGUGAGCAUUUGAAAAAGCCUCCACCCCCUGUACCAUUAAGGAGAAAGGGUAAAGAGUGCCUUGCUGAUGACAGGAAUGUGCUGAAAGAAACUGAACAGCUGACAUUGCAGCAUAGUGACAAUGAACCUCAGCCAGGAACUCCUCGUUGCACAAAAAAGGCUUCAGGUGUUGAUGAUUAUAACACAGGGGAGUCUAAUAAUGUGAUUGGGCAAAUUCAUGUUCAUCCAAGGUUUAAUAUAAAUGUAGAGGAUGUUGAGGGGGAUUACUGUGCAAUAUCUAAAUUUAAAAGAGAAGAUAAACAUGUGACCUCGGUCAAAGUAACCGGGUCUAGAAAUGCUGACAGGGUUAUUACUUCUGGUGGCGAGAUAUCUAAGGCUAACAAUGUUACUUUAAUACAUAUCAAAGCAUCAGAAAGAGAGUUAUCAAGGUCGCAUGAAAAUUUGCAUUCUGAGGAUUUCGUCUUAAAACCAUCAAACCUAAGUCGUUCACAUGAAAACCUUCAACAAACGCAGAGUGGGGAAUAUGCUCACCUUGAUUUAACAUCAUUUAAACCAAAUGAAAAGUCUUCAAGUGAAGAAAACAUGAAAAGACUGUUCAGAAAGAAAGGAAAUGGUGCUAUUUCAAGUGAAAAGGGCUCUAGUGGGAAAGAGGAAGAGAUUGUAGGGAAGGUGUACAAGGGUUUAUCAAGCAGUUCUGAGGAUGACAGAUGUGGGGAUGAAAGGUUGGAUACUGUGGAGGUAAACUUAGCUGAGUUAGGAAUAACUGAACAAGAGCUUGAAAGUGCUGAAUCCCAAGACAACAGUGAAGAGACUCAAGAAAACAAUGAGGGAGAACAGAAGACAAAUGAUGGAAGUGAUGAGGAAAGAAAAUCACCAGACUUGUUGCCAAAAAGCAGAUCAAAAGAGAACAUUGUUAAGGGAAAACGGCCUCAGGGUGUACCAGACUAUGAAAAAUGGGAUCUUCAUUGCAUAGUAACAGAAACUAACAUCAGUGUUGCAGAUAAAGAUCUAACUGACACAGGCAGUGAAGAUGAGAUUAUAUAUGACAAUGUGCCUGAACAACCAGAUGUUGCAUCAGGACAUAGUGAUGACUCCGGUGUAUGUGAACCAUCCUCCACACCGGAAGAAAUACCAGACUCCGGGGUAUGUGAACCAUCCUCCACACCGGAAGAAAUACCAGUUCUCCGGAGGCACACAGAUGAUGUCUUUAUUGAUGGAACACCAACAGACAGACAUGAAAUGAUAGCUUCGACCACAUCAUCUGAUUCCCGGCUUUCAACAGCCUCUUGCGUGACUGUGAACAUUGACCCGGCAUUCCACCGCAGUGACAGCAAUGAGACUGUGCCUGGUAUUCCCGAGGAUACGGAGAGCAUCUGCAGUUUUGAUGACCAGUUGGAUCACCCUGGCGAUCUAGAGGAGACAUUGCGACCGGAGACAGUGUCUAUGUAUGGCUCAGAGCAGCUGCGGAUGCGGCACCUGGUUGUCAAGGGCAUUCUAGAGAGUGAGAAGUCCUAUCUGCAUGUUAUAGAACAACUGACCAAGGCAAAGUUCUUCCUACAGAGCAGUGCGAUGCGGCCGGGAGACAACCCGUCACCAAUAGCGCUGGCAGAUGUUACCACCAUCUUCUACAAGAUAGACGACUUCUACCAGAUCCACAAGGAGUUCGUGCACGAGCUAGAGGCAAAGGUCAAGGCCUGGUCAGACAGACAGGAAAUUGCGUAUAUUGUCAAGAAACUGGUGUUUUACUUCAAGAUUUACGAGGAGUAUGUGCAUAACUACCCUGUUGCCGUGGAGACCAUCCGACGUAACCAGCGGAACGAGGAAACACGCCACCUGCUGGAGAAAUCAUUUCAGUCAAGAAAUAGACUAGCCAGCUGUAAUGAGCAGAUGGAAUCGUUCAAAGAUGAAACUUUAAAGCUAGAAGAUGUGUUGUUGAAGCCCGUUCAGAGAAUCCAGACCAAUCACCUUGUUCUACAUGACCUGAUAAAGCACACGCCCAAGGAUCAUACUGACUACCUGGCGCUGCAGAAGGCCCUUAAGCUGAGUGAAGAGAACCUGCGCAUGUACAGCUUGGGAAACAUUUCACCAAGCACGGACCCUGAUGGGCGUCAUCUAGUGAAGAAUGGGUUUGUGGUGGAGGUGUCACGGGACAAGAAGGCCACCAGACACCUACGAUACAUCUUCUUAUUCUCUGACAUUCUCAUCUGUACCAAGCACAAGGGCAGCGCAAGACAGAAGGAUGUGUCAUUUAAGUAUUUGUGGAGUCUUCCCUUACAUUCCCUCACUAUCAGUGUGAAAGAUGAUCGCAUCUUCGAGUGUAAGGGGAGUUUUGAGGAUCUGAAGUUUAAGAUCGGAAACCUAAAGGUGGAGCUGCGGGAGGAAAUGCUGCGUGCAGAUGCUUCUAGAGACAAGCCGUUUUCCCUGACACAGAAGCGAGUUCUGCGUAAUGUAGAGAAGUUGAAGAAGAAGAUUCAGGAGCAUGAGGCAAGUCUGGUGGAACAGUUGCCACGGUUACCAGUGAAUCUGGAGACCAGGGUUGAGGGGUUUAGGCCCCGCACUCUUCUUUUUGCCACUGACUACGAACGAGAGGAAUGGCGGGAAGCACUCCGCUCACAGGGCCUCAAAGCGCAGGCUCUGCCUGAAGUUCACCUGAGCAACCAUGACUGUGAGGAUCUAAUUAACAGCACCAAGUUGCACACCCAGGUCAAUGGCAUUGGGGUUGUUCUGCUCAAGAAAGAUGAGGAGAUGUUGACGGGUAAUUUGAAUGUCACCAUUCACAAAAUGCAGGGCAUUGACAGAUCAUGUGAUGUAUACUGCUGCCUUGAGAUGGAUUCGUACGGCCAUUUCUACAAGAAGGCCCAGACGCGAGCAUGCCGUUAUGAGACCGACGUUUCCUGGAACCAGGAUUUUGAACUUGACCUUGAUGGCUCCCAGACUCUACGUAUUCUCUGCUUUGAGAAACGGCCAGAUGCAGAGAGUGAUGUCAUCAUUGGGAAGUGUGCUUUGGAGCUCAGUAUGUCCUGGUUAAAUUCCAAGUUUAAUGAGAAAACCAUAUCUAUGAAUGAUGUAUCCAUAACAAUAUCUAUAAGACAUACCCCAGCAUCUAAAACACUGAAGAGAACCCACUCCAAGUUAAGGACUGGCAUAUUUGGUGUCAAGAUUGAAAACGUUGCGAGGCGUGAAAACAAAACAGUUCCAUCCAUAGUUACAGUGUGUGUCCAGCAAGUGGAAAGGAGGGGGCUGGAUGAGGUAGGGAUAUAUCGAGUGUCCGGUGUUACUUCCGAUAUCCAGCAUUGCAAGAAACUGUUUGAUAAAAAUCCAAUAGCAGCCAGUGCGUUUGCAGAGGAUGCCGACAUCCACACAGUGACUGGGGUUCUCAAGUUGUACUUCAGGGAGCUGCCAGAACCACUGUUUACUGAAACUCACUACAAGUCCUUCAUACAGACAAGCCAGCUUCAGAAUGCGGAUGCGAAGGAGCGUUGCAUGCUGGAACUUUUGCAUGGACUUCCAGAUGCCAACUACUACACUAUCGUCUACAUGAUGGAGCACCUUGUACGCAUAGCCAAUCAAAGCGUUCAGAACAAGAUGUCGGUUAGCAACCUAGCCACGAUAUUUGGGCCAACACUGAUGCACCCAGCUGUGAAAGAGUCAAACGUUGACCCAAUGCUGCAGAUGGCUCUAGCGGCCAAGGAGUCGAGCCAGCAGACAGAGGUAGUCUACUUCUUUCUCAAGCUGGCAGCCAGCGGCAUGAGUCUCCGUAAAUCUGCAUCUGUGUUACCUACAUCGACUUAAAAGACAAAUAAAUGAUGUUUUAGCUUUUGAAAUGCUUACUAAUACUGUCUUUCAUUGCUUGUUAAGUUUUACAGAUAUGUAUACUUACAUGUACUAUUGUUGCUAGUUACCCUUCUUAUAAACAGCUGUGAAACCAGCAUUUACAGCAUGCAGAAUUACAUGUACCUAACUCUUGUUAAAUGUUAAGAGUUUAUUUUUGGUUUUAAUGUUUGUUAUAUGCAAUGUAUACAGGUCUGACAGCCAUAUCACAUACCUGUACUUACAUUUAUAAUAGCACAGACAACUGGUCUUUAACCAGUUACAGGAGUUGACCUAUUUCAAAUUAAUAGGAAAGAAACUAUUAGAUGUUGAGUUCUUAUGAAGAUCAUGUGUAGAUUAUCUUAAUUGUGUAUCUUAUUGUGUUAGUUCAAGAAAAAAGUACUUUCCCUCUGAAAUUGACAGUUUUAAUGCUGUGAAACUAUUUAAAUAUAUAUCUGUUAACCUUUUUUAGUUAUUGUUUUGUUUUGUAUGCAUAUGAUUUUGUAACAUUUUUUUAUUAAAACGUAAUGUACCGUAAAGAACCCUUUUGUUACAAUGGAGAUUGUUUCUUCACUGAAUUAAUGUAUUUAGUUAGGUGAAUGUUUGCAUUUGAAUCAUUUCGUAAAUUUUGAUGAUAGAAGUUUGUUUUUAAUUGUUAUUCAGAGUACAAGAGGUAAUGCAGUCAGAAGGUACAAGUGUAGUUGCUAUAUGUGUAAUGUAAUGUGAUAAUUCCUGGCAAGGCUUCUGUGUUCAUACAUUGUGUUCAGAUAUUCCUACAUUUGUUGAGCUGUGAGUGUUUCACUGUCACAUGUGCUUAGUUUGCAUAGAUUUCACCUUUGUUGUUGUUGUUUUUUAUACAGAUGUGAAACUAUGAGCUCUAUAUGCUGUACAAAGUGUUAUGGACAAAUUAUGAACAAGUUGUUAAUUAAAUAGCUUGAUAAAUUAUAGAUACUAGAUUGAACAGCCUGAUUAUGUGAUUGAAAUCAUUCACUAUUCGAUAGAUAACAUACAUGUAUUUAUGCCAUGUGAAACUUUCUUAUUGUGCAUUUGUGUUUUCUUUUAUAUCUUUUGUUGUUUCUUUUUUGUGUAUUAACCUUCUACCAACCUGCUGCAAGUGUGCUGCAUAAUCCAGACAACUGCUGAAGACUUUUGGGCUUGUUUUUCUUUUGUUGUGUACAAGAGAUAUUUUAGUUUCAUAUUUUUGUUUGUUUGCUGAAUACUAUGAACUCAAUGCAGCGUAUCUAAAUCCCUAUAUUGGUAUGAACAUUACUUUUUUAUGGAUAAAAUGUCCUUGCAUAUACCCAAGUGUCAUUUUUCUUUAUUUUUUAUCUACUUGAUUGCAUGUGAGUCAAUAAGUUAAGCGUAUCUAAUCUCUCUAAUAUUUUACAUCAUAGCAUAGCCCUUUUUUAUUACUUUUGAAACCUAACUGCUGGGACAGUAAAAGAAUAUAUGUUAAAGUCUAUUAUUAUUAAAAUAUUUUAAUAUUAAUAUUGUACAAUUCUUUGAAUAAAUUCUGCUGUUAUU